AUGAGCGCUGAUCCUGAAGUACCGGUAGAUCCGAACCGCCGGAGCGGUGGCCAUGUGAUCCGUAACAUGAUUUACCAACAUGACAGCAGUCACAAUAUCGAGAUCGUGACAGGGUGGAAGGACCAGGGAACACGGGAGUAUAACCAACAGAUUGCACCCCCCGCCAAGUUGGAUCUAUCACCGAAGCACCCUUGCUACCCCCUUAAUGAACAGCUGGUGCGGUGCAGUUUAGAGUGUCCCAUGGAAAUGAAACUCGCUGGACGGAUUGCAUCUUGCAAUUCGGAACGCAAAAACUUGAUGGUGUGUUUAACUAAAAACAAGAGCUGGAAGGAGGAGCCUGCCUCAGCAUGGUACAAGUUCUUUUAA